AGCUAAUUUCAUAGAAGAAAACAUCGAAUGCGUUGUCUAUCAGUUACGAGAAAUAAGUCAGUUUAUUCGUUCUACCUUUUACAAACAUCCAGUACUGGUAGAUGGUUCCAGUUUUAUUUCUUUUAGUACCUGCGGUCGCUAGAGUUUCUAGCCAGGACUCGUAAGCGGCUAAUUGUCAGUAAUUUGAAGACCAACACCGUAAAUCGAACCUUCGAUUUUCGCGUAACUACUUUAAUUUUAAUCUGACCUUCAUAGGUCUUAACCGUCGACUUGGAGCCAAUAAAAGCCAGCGAAAAAUUUUUACUUUGUCAAUUAAAAUUUUUUUUCAGCUACAAGAGAUACACAUCAAAGAUCUUCAUUAAACAGUUGCAAUUUCUUAUUAGAGGCUCUCCUGUAAAUUCCUGAAGCACAUUCCCAUCAAUCCUUCAAGCAAUCAUAAAUUUUCUCACAAGCGUAGAAUCGAUUUGAUCCAAUUCCUUAAAGUCGUUGCCAAUGAAGUUUCGAUAGCAACAGCCACUUCGCACCCUGUACUUAAGGAAAGGGUAACCAACGAUUAAAAAAUAUCUAUUAUUACCCCCCUAUCUGAAGGGUGGCGCGGGUACAAGGCUAACCAAGUUCUUAUAAAGAGUUGUUUUUCCUCCCAACCUCUUUAUUCUACCAGAACCUCAGUGUUAAGUUUUUCACAUGUUCACAUAAGAUAGUAGCUGAAGUUCAUUGUCCCGUUGCACGGGAAUCAGUAAGGAUGCACCGUAACAAUGGAGAUGAAGAUGAUCGCUAUCGUGAUCAAGUACAGGGCAAUAUAUUCAAAGUACAACAAGACAAAGCUAAUACAAACGGUGGGGCAAAUAAGCCUGCUGUCUUCUUGGGCACGCACGGUCGUUUUGAAGAAGAAGCAGUGAGAGUAGCGCCCAAGUACGAAAGGAAAAAUCAGUUCAGCUACAACGAGGAUCGACCACCUGAAAUCGACGCGAAGCUUCUGGACGAGCACGAUCACUUUUACGACGACACGAAGGCGCUGCUUGUACUUUUCCAAAUAAUGGGCGUGAUGCCCAUACAACGCGGACAGGGUAAGUCCAGUCUUUGCCAGAGAGAAAUGAUUAAUUUAACAUGUACUUCUAAAAAUGAUUUAGGUGUGACGACUUUUGAGUGGACUUCACCAGCAACGCUUUACGCAUUUUGCCUGUGGAUCGCUGAAACAGUCAUUGUCAUUUUGGUUGGCCGUGAACGUAUCGAGAAUACUCUCGAACCUGGAAAGCCCUUCGAUGAAUACAUAUACAAUAUAAUUUUUCUGUGCAUUCUGGCACCACACUUUUUAUUACCAGUAGCGUCCUGGACCUACGCCGACGAAGUGGCAAAGUACAAAAAUAUGUGGACGCACUAUCAGUUGAGAUACUACAAAGUCACAGGAUCAACUCUGGAAUAUCCCAAUCUCAAAAGAAUGUGCGUCUCUCUCUGUUUGGCUUCCUGGAUAAUAUCCAUUGUCGUAGUAGUUUCUCAAUUUUAUCUCCAGCCUGGUUUUACAAUGUGGCACACGUCCGCUUACUAUCAUAUAAUAGCCAUGCUUGACUGUCUCUGCGCCUUGUGGUGGAUAAACUGUACAGCCAUAGGCAGCGCCUCAAAGGGGUUAGCUCUCAAUCUUCACAAGGCUCUAGAGAAUACAGGCUCGGCAGCAUUACUUGUCGAAUAUAGAAGCCUUUGGCUUGAUCUGAGUCAUAUGAUGCAACAGCUUGGGAAAGCUUAUGCGAAUAUGUACGGUAUAUACUGUCUCAUAAUGUUCGUGACGACGAUUAUCGCCGGUUACGGUGCAUUUUCUGAAAUCCUAGAUCAUGGCUUCAGUUUGAAGGAAUUAGGCUUGUUCGUGAUAGCCGCUUAUUGUAUGACGCUUCUUUAUAUAAUAUGUAACGAGGCUGAUCACGCGACGCGAAAAGUCGGCUUAGAAUUUCAAGAAAGAUUACUCAAUGUCAAUCUAGCAGCCGUUGACGUUCAGACACAGAAAGAAGUAGAAAUGUUUCUCGUAUCCAUAUACAACAAUCCUCCAAUUUACCAUCUCAAUGGAUACGCAGUCAUUAACAGAGAGCUACUGUCAAGCAGCAUAGCGACAAUGGCUACUUAUUGGGUCGUACUGAUGCAAUUUAAAUUGUCCCUGAUUCGUCGAACCGUACAAACCAGUUUUGUCGACACGUCGAGUGCGAAGAAUUUGACUUAGCUUACUGCAACUUAACAAUCAAUUGUCUACUGUUUCCUAUCGACCCGGUCGCAUUAGACUCGAUUCCGUUUAAUUGGCUACGUUGCUUUUGAAAUUACUACACUGUAAGGUGACUUGGAUUUGUCGAAAAAGGAAUAACGUGCCAGCAUGGUGCAGUGGUGGCUGUGAUAUCGCAAUAAUUGAACUAUAUUAAUUCGGUUUUACAGUACUUUAUUGGUUCUUACUUGGCUAAACGGAUAUUGCGGUGAUGUAUUCGACGAAUUCGACUUGGCGUUUCGCUUAUCCGCAUGCGCAGAAACCUUUGAAAGGACUUCUGGCAUUGUGGAUGGAAACUAUUAGGCAACUAGAGCCUCGGCAAGAAUGAUGCUUAUCAUUGGUAAACGUAAUCAGUUUCUAUAACAUGGCUUACAUAAUUUAAAAAACCGACGUAACGAUUACGAAUAAACGUAUAAACAAUUGUAUAUGACAUAAAUAUAUGCAUAUGUAUAUCCUCGUA